AUGCUUUUGUGUUUGCUCGUCCUCUCUUUUUUCAAAUUUACCUUCUCUCUUGAGACGCCCUCGCAGGCCUGUAACAAGGUUCAUCUCCCCAAGAAUGUUGGCGAACUCAAGAUUCUGUCGGUCUUUAGUAACGCAGAGGAGAACUAUACAUCUCCCUAUCUUCAAGGCAUCGCUCCAACAGAAGUGACAUCCAUCAAUUUCUGCAAUGUCACUGUGACACUCACUCAUCCAGGAGAUGAUGAUGUAGUCAUUAUCUCAGUCUGGCUUCCUCUUCAAUCAUGGAACGGAAAAUCUCUCGCAACCGGUGGUGGCGGGCUUCUCGCCGGCGAAUUCGAAGUAGAACAAGCACCCGGCGUGGCAUUGGGAUACGUCUCCGCAGCCACGGACGCAGGAUUAUCCAAUAACGGAACUAUCGGCGCAUCUUCGGGUCUGUGGGUACUCAACAACGAUGGCUCCUUGAAUUCUGGGCUGUUGACAAACUUUGCCUACCGUUCCAUCCAUGAUAUGAAUGUCAUCGCGAAGCUAGUUCUUCGCACGUUUUGUGGCCAUGCUGAGCAAUACUCUUACUACUAUGGCUGUUCUACUGGCGGCAGACAAGGCUAUCUAUCUGCAACUCACUAUCCGACGGAUGUUAAUGGGAUAUUGGCUAUAUCUCCGGCUAUUAAUACACCGCAAGUCUCCCUGGCGGACUUUUGGCCAUCUGUGGUGAUGGGAAAUGAGGUCGCGCUCCCGCAAUGUGUGUUCAGUGCAUAUCAAGACGCAAUCAUCGAAUAUUGCGAUGGCUUGGACGGAGUAUUGGAUGGCUUGGUCUCAAUGUACAAUCCGGAUUCUUGUACAUUCGACCCAUCUAGCCUUGUUGGGCAAUCUAUCGUCUGCAGUGACAUAAACUCGAGCAUCACAAUCACCUCAGAAGACGCAAAUGCUGUUCGAAAGAUACACCAAGGCCCCACCAGUCAAGACGGCAAAUCUCUCUGGUACGGAGUGCCCCCGGGCGCGAGUUUCAGCGGCCUAGCUAGCACCACUGUGGUCAACGGAUCUCUCGUUAUCGAGCCUUUCCAAGCAGCAGAAUACUGGAUCCAAAACUUCGUCUUUCAAGACCCGAAUUACCCUGCCCUGAACAUGACAUAUCAAGACUUCCGAACAGCCUUUGACCUCUCAGUAGAAAAGUUUUCUGCUCAGUUCGGAACACUUCAACCCAAACUAGACGAGUUUCGUCGUGGAGGGAAGCUUCUGACUUGGCACGGGCUAGCAGAUCAGUAUAUUGCUCAUUCGGGCACUGUUACGUACUGGAAUGCUACUACAGCGAGCAUGGGCGGAGCUGAGAAAAUUAACCCCUUCUAUCGAUUGUUCCUGGCCCCAGGGGCAGCACACUGUGGUGGAGGGUCGGGUCCAGUACCGGUAAACCCGCUCGCGGCAUUGACGGCUUGGGUAGAGAAUGAUACAGCUCCAGAGACGCUUUUUGCGUCAACUACCAACGCCGCUGGACAAACUGUGUCGCGGGAUCUAUGCCUUUAUCCCUCACAGUUGGCGUAUAGCGGUAUGGGUGAUGUGAACCAAGCGAGCAGUUUCAAUUGCCGUUAA